AUGGGUUCAUGUCAAGUUAACCUUCCACACAACUUAGACCUCAUUCUUGAGAAUGCUGAUGAUCAAUCCCUAAAAGACAAAGCCCGUGAUAAGCUGAUUGAUGAGCUUCACGCUGGAGUUUUCCUGAACAACAAGAAGCAGAAGUUUUGGGUUGACAAGAUUACUGGUGCUAACUCAUUCGAAUUGCAUGCAACGGAUCUCUCAAUUGAUUGGGGACAGGAUAUAAGUCAUUGGAGGUGGAGUUCCAUGAAAGACACUAAUGGUGAUCAAAUGGAGAUGGCUGUAUUGGUGUCUGUAUGGUGGCUUGGUGUGAAAAAUAAAUUCCCUACAAAAAUGCUCACUCCAGGGGCUUCUUAUGAAAUUUCAGUUGUCUUAAUGAUGGAGAAAUAUUGUGAAGGAUUUAAAAAUAAUCCAGUGAAGCUGAAGCUCGUUCUCCCCAACCAAGAUCCGAUUGAACGCACAGAAGAUUUAAGUUCUAUCUCAAAAGAAAAAUGGACAGAGAUCCGACUUGGUGAGUUUGUAACUUCUUGUAAUACGCCUGUGGACAUGGAAAUCUCUAUGUAUGAACACAAUCGUACAUGGAAGCAAGGACUUGUCGUCAACAAAAUAAUCAUUCGCCCUGUAAUCUGGAAAGAGAUUAGUGGCCAAAGAAACUGGGAUGGUCUCUUGAGCCCCCUCAAAAAUGAUCUCCGGAAACGUAUAAUUGACUGUGGUAAAAGCGUUGAUUUUAUUUAUCGAUCCAUCGAUGAGAAGGGACUUCCGAGACAUACAGAAAAGGACUUAUUUCAUCUACUUUCUGAAGUUAGCCCAACAGAAGAUAACCCAAGCGCCGAAUCGCUGUACGAAGUGAUAAAGUACAUUUACGCAUGGGUAGAUGUUGCUGCCAAAGCCGACUGGUUACUUCCGGACAAAUCUACUUGGAUCGGUUACGUGGCUAAGACAACACUUAUAGGAAAGAAAGUUUUAGGAAGGGCAGACAUUCUGAUUUGCUGGAGAGGUACUGUUUUUAAGGGAGAGUGGGAAAGAAAUUUCGCAUUCACGCAAACCCGAGCGGUGGAAGUGUUCCCGAACAGUGCUCAUGCUUUUGUGCACCAAGGAUUUUACUCCCUCUACACAAGUUCAAAGACUGACCCGCCAUACACUGAAAGUGCCAGAGUUCAGGUUCGGGAUGCAGUUAAGGCACUGCUAGAUGAGUACAAAAAUGAGCCAGCUGUCAGCAUAACAAUAACAGGCCACAGUCUGGGUGCAGCACUUGCAACAUUAAAUGCAGCUGAUAUAGUUUCCAAUCAAUAUAAUAUGCGUACAGGGUCAAAUGCAUGUUUGGUCACAGCCAUUGUGUUUGCAAGCCCAGUGGUUGGAAACUAUGGCUUCCAUCUUGAAUUCAAAAAACUUCAGAAUCUUCAUCUUUUGCACAUUAAACAUAAUGAUGACGUUAUUACUAAAAUUCCAUUCUAUAACUUCACUUCAGUGGGAAAAGAGUUACUGAUUCACACUACCCUUUCAACCUAUGAGAGUAAUAAAAAGCUCCCACUACCUGAAGCCUUUAAAAAGGUUCAUAAUUUGAAGAAUUAUAUUAGAGAACUAGAAGGGAGAAAAGCGAGGCGUGAUGACUUAUACUUGGCAGCUAAAAAACAUGAUGAUGGCAGUUGGGAGCUAUAUGAAGUUCCAAUUCCAGAUGCUCCAAGCACCUAGUGAUCCUAGAUAAUAUAUUUAUAUACUAAAUAAGGUUUGUGUCACAAGGUUGCACUAACACUACAGUGUAGAGUCAAUCCUUGUAAUGGAAUAAUUCCUCCCCUUUAUAUAUAUGUAGUUCAGUGGAGGAGUCAACUUGGAGUUUCCUAAGCUGAUUAGAGCUUUGUUUACUGUAUUGUGUGUUGCUGGUUUUCUCUGGUACUUGGUCACUUCAGUUGCAAUCUCUGCUUCUCAUGUAUGUAUUAUAAGCAUCUGUUGGCCUGAGUCCAAAUUCCCUGUG